AUGUCGCAAACCACACCGUCGCGCCACACAACUACUCCUAUCCUUUUCAACUAUUCAAUUGUCAUGGAAAAACAAUAUUCUGAACCCUAUGUGGUCCAGAGACCCAGGAAGAAGUUGUGGGCUCAUGCCGUAGGAGCCGGAUGCUUGUUGAUGAUGUAUUUUUAUGGAAACUGGUCUUUUGAUUAUUUCAACUUUGGACUCACGACUGCAAAUGAUUCUUUUGAUUACAAAAGAACAUUUUUGAAUGCGUUGACCACCAAUCUCGCAGGCAAUUGGUCAGAGAAAUACACGUCGGAGCCUCAUUUGGCCGGAACCAACUAUGGAUUUGUUGAUUGGACCAAGGAUAAAUUUGAAGAAUAUGGACUCAAAGCCACAGUGGACACCUACGAUAUUUACGUCAGUUACCCUCACGAGCACUCAUUGAAGCUUUUGAGAGCUAAGGAUGACAAAUUGUUGUACGAAGCUCCAUUAAAGGAAGACGAAAUCAAAAAGGACAAGACUUCUGUGGGCGGUAAGGAUGCUGGAGUUGUCCCCACAUUUUUGGGUUAUGCUGCCAACGGCAAUGUCACUGCUGAGUACGUUUACGUAAACUACGGAACCAAGCAAGAUUUUGAAACUUUGGAGAAAUUGGGUGUUAGCGUCGCUGGUAAAAUUGCCGUUGCUAGAUAUGGCUCGAUUUUCCGUGGACUCAAGGUCAAGUUUGCUCAGGAUGCUGGUGCUGUAGGAGUGUUGUUAUACACCGAUCCAGGAGAUGAUGCUGGAAUCACUCCUGCAAACGGUUACAAGCAAUAUCCAGAGGGCCCUGCUAGGCAUGAGAGUUCGGUUCAACGUGGAAGUGUCCAGUUUUUAGGUGCCCCAGGUGCCACUCCAGGUGACCCUACCACUCCAGGAUAUGCUUCAGUACCUGGAGCUGAACGUAAAGACCCCCACAACUCUAUUGGCAAGAUUCCAGUUCUUCCCAUUUCUUACCGUGAAGUUACUCCAAUUUUGAAGCUGUUGAACGGCCACGGGGAAAAGGCUCCUAAGGAGUGGAAGGGAGAACUUGAGGGAUUCGACUACUACACUGGUCCAAACAAGAAUGUAACCUUGAACUUGUACAAUGAUCAAGUUUUCAAGGUGCAACCUUUGCACAAUGUGUACGGAGAAAUCGAAGGAGAGAAAAAAGACGAGGUAAUUAUUAUUGGUAACCACCGUGAUGCCUGGAUUAAGGGCGGAGCAGGAGAUCCUAACUCUGGUAGUGCCGUUCUUAUUGAACUUGCCAGAGCUUUUGGUCAAUUGAAGGCUGCUGGAUUCAAGUUCAAGCGUACGAUUGUGUUGCAAAGUUACGAUGGAGAGGAAUACGGACUUCUUGGCUCUACCGAGUAUGGAGAGAACUACGCCCACGAUUUGACACGUAAGGUGGUCUCUUACAUCAACUUGGAUUCUGCUGUGACGGGCAAGAAUUUGCACUUGGGAGCCUCGCCUGUUCUCAAUCAGGUAUUACGUAGUGUUGCAAAGGAACUUGAUUACCCUGAAAAGAAGGUUGGCUCAUUAUACGACCACUUUGUCGAUGUUAGUGGAGACAAGAUCCACACUCUUGGUUCAGGAUCUGACUACACUGUAUUCUUGGAGCACCUUGGAAUCCCAUCUGUUGACUUGGGAUUCGGCGCUGGCAAGGGAGACGCGGUGUACCAGUAUCACUCGAACUACGAUUCUUACUACUGGAUGACACACUUUGGUGAUCCUGGAUUCGUGUACCACAACUUGGCUGCGAAGUACGUGGGAUUGUUGGCUUUGCAAUUGUCCGAACAUGAAAUUAUUGAUUUCGGAACCAAUGAUUAUGCCAACGCUUUAGUUGACUAUUUCAGUGUCACUGAGAAAUUGAUUCCAAAGAAAUGGUUGAAGGAAGAAGUUUCAAAGGGUGAAGGGUGGAAUGAGUUUUUGCGGUGGGACAUGGCUGACCUUGGUGCCAGCAAGGAACUUGCCACUGCUUACUCGCCACGAAACCUUUAUCCAUUCCCCGAAUUAUUUGGAGCAAAGCAAUGUAAGCACAACAGACUCCAUCAAAUGAUUGACUUGGCUCACCACAAGGAAUUGAAAUUGGAAGACAUCGUCAAGCUUACCAAGACUGAUCUCGAGAGAUUGCAGAAUGCAACCCAAAUUCUCGAUUCCGAAAGUCAUGAAAUCCAAGUCAAAUUCGACAAUCGUGAUGCACUCAAUUUCUGGCAACGGAUCAAGCUUCAUUUCCAGAUCAAGCAUCACAAUGCGUUGUUGCAAUACUUCGAAAGAAACUUCUUACACCACAAGGGGUUACACGAGAGGUCGUGGUUUAAGCAUAUUGUAUUUGCUAGUGGACGUUACACUGGGUAUGCGGGUCAAGAUUUGCCGGGAUUACGUGAAGCACUUGAAGACGAGGACUUUGACCGUUUUGUACACUGGUUAGGAAUCUUUUCCAAGGCACUCAGAAGAGUGUCUGCACACGUAGGUUGA